UAUGAGUUGCGAUUACUUUGAAACUACCAACUGUGAGGAUUGGACUCUUGAUGCUGCUUUCAGAUCUUACAUGACAGUGUUCCAAUCAAGUCGUAUCUGUCUAAAUAAAAUGUCUGAAAAGUUGAGAUCUUUUGCUAAAUCACCAAACUGCAGCACAAAGGCCAGGAAGAAGGCAAAGGCACUCGAGAGAAAUUUCAAUGUAAGUUUAUAGAUAUGGCCUCUGCUUCUGCAUUACGGUUUACUUGUAUUAAAAGUGUGAUCAAUAGACGUUCAAGAAAUCAAUCUUUGA